GCCCCGCCCUCCACUUGUUCACGUUAAGGUGUUUUCAUUUCCCCUGAGGCUUACGUGUGUCUGGUCUUGAGCGCUUGUCGUAACUUAACUGUGGCAAAACUUCCAGCAAGCAUGGCCAGUGGAACCGUAAUUGCCAUCCCCUCUAAUGCACAGAACGUAAUCCAAAUGGCCCCUGGAUUGCCCAGUGUUGUUCUUCAGGCAUCUGGAGCAACUCCAUAUCCACAGUAUGGAGCUCAGCAACUUGGAAUUUCCACCAGUGCUCCUCAACAAGUCUCCCAAAAGGGUCCUAUGCAGAGAUUCCUCAGUGCUGAGCCCAAAGUGCUUGGGGCCAUCCAGAUCAUGAUUGGGCUGAUCCACAUUGGCUUUGGAGCUGUCACAAUUUGUCUCACUUUGUUUCCCUCUUACUACCUUAUCUUGUCUGUAUUUGGAGGUUACCCCUUUUGGGGAGGGAUAUUUUUCAUUUCUUCUGGAUCACUUUGUGUUGCAGCUGCGAUCCGUCCAAACCGUUGUUUGGUACAAUCCAGUGUAGCAAUGAACAUCAUAAGUGCUAUAAUGGCAUUAACUGGUAUCACCCUGUAUCUCUCUGAGCUGAUCAUCAACAAUAAUUAUUUUAGAUAUUUCUAUCAAUAUAACACUGGAUAUUUAGUGAUUCCCCAAUAUAGUAUCGGUUAUGGCCUCUCCAGUCUGCUGCUCUUGUUCAGCGUCCUGGAAUUUUGCAUCACUGUUUCACUUGCACACUUUGGGUGCCAGGCAACCUGCUGUAGUGAUGACCAGCCAGCCAUGCUUUUUGUGCCUUACCAAGUCAACAGAGGUGCAGUAGUCACACCUGAACCAAAUCCUCCUCCCCCACCACCGACUUACAAUAACGUGGUUACCAAAUCUCAAUAAAACAAGAAGGAAACGUGAGAAUUGUUGGCAACAGAGGUUUCAGGAGAAGCAAUGCAUUUCAUAUUAUUUUAUUUUGUAUUCCAGCUUGCUUGUUUGUUUUUCAAUUACAGCAUUUAAACACUAAAUUAAAUGGUGGCAAGUUUUAAAAGUUCUUCUAUUAUGCUUAAUAAUUAUAACGCUUCCCAAGAAGCAAGAAUUUGUGCUGCGAAUCACCAGUGCAUUUAUUUAAUAUUUUAAUAAAAGAUAAUAAAAGA